AAAAUUAGGGUUUCGUGGAGAAAUUUGAAUCAGAGUGUGAAAAUGGAAGGAAGCAAAAGCGAGGCAGUGUUCGAUUCCAUGAAUCUAAAUCCUCAGAUUUUCAUCAACGAAACAAUCAACUCCGUCGAAGAUUAUGUCGACGCAGCUUUGAUUUCUAUGGCCGUCGACGAGUCGUCGGUUGUUCAUCAGGAUGAGUUAUGUAGGAAAGAGGUCUGUGAGCUUGAACUCCGAGCUUUCAAGGCUUUAGAAAGAGUCCUCGGUUUCGAGGGAACUGGUCUUGUGAGACUCUUUAAUGAGGCUUUGGAGCUUUAUGAUGAGUCUUCUGUCAAUGAAAUGUUCAAAGAGAUGGCGAAAAUGGCAUCGGAACUUCGUGCAAGCGUGGAUAGGCUGAAAACAAGAAGAAUGGAAGCCAGUGAAAGCGCUAAAGUAAAGAGGCUAAAGAACCAUGGCAAAGAGUUCUCGGCAAUGACUUUUGAUGGAAAGCUUGAAGACCUCGAAAAGUUCAAGCCGAGUUAAAGAAGAUGUGAAAAUUGUUAACCUUUGUAGGAAAACAAUUGUGGUUUGUCAAAGAUAAUGCUCUAAACUGACUUCUU